AGUCAAAUAAAGAUACCACUGAAGAAAAGAACCAGGAUAAAAUAAAUACCACACAGCCUGUUAUGACACAUGAUAAGAUUGAAACUGAUCAAGAUGACAUAUGUGAGAUUGCAGACCAUAACAAAUAUAGAUUACGUCCAAAACAGAUUGAAAAGGAAAAUAUAAAGAUUUUAAAUGAAGUACUACCAAGCAACACUGAAGAUUAUGAUAGUUUUACUAAUUCACAAAAGAACUCCCAGACCACAAACUCCCAGACUUCUAAUUGGAGUGAUUGUAGUGAACUUGCACUGGAGAAAGUUAAUGUGGUAAUGGAAUCAAUCAAUGUGAGCCCCUUACGUUCUACACUUCAAAAGAUGUUAAAGAUGUAAAAGAUUCAACAAUCAGGUAUUACAAGCGGAAAGCACAUGAAUCUAUUGAUUCAUUGUUGGAUUUUAUGGCUCCAAAACAAGGACACUUACUUAAAGAUGAAGUUUUAACUAAAAACAGAGACAAAUCUUUACCAACAGACAGUGAUAUGAUAGAAGAUCUAUCAAAACUCUACAUGGAAACAGUGGACAAUUCCUUAAAAAUGCAAAUUCUAUCUGUUAUCACAAAUAGACUAACCAAAGCAGAACUUCAAAUAGCAAUACCAGGUAUAACAAUGUAUCGUAUAGACCAGGCACGACUUCAUUUCAAUACCUCUACAAAUUUGGGUCUACAAGUCAAAAAUAAAAUAAAAGUACCACGUCAAAGAAUGGAUGAUAGCAAGCUGGAACAUGCCAUAAGUUUUUUUUUGACAUUUCAGUUAUGCAGCUAGUAUCCUAUGGUACAAGAGAUUUGAAAUUGGAUUCAGGGGAAAAUAUUACUAUACCAGAUGUAAUCAGAACAACAAAUCACUCCAAAAUUAUAGACCUGUACUUUUCAUACUGCACAGAAUCAAAUUUUGAACCACUUUCUAAAUCAACUUUAUUUAAAAUUCUAAAUACUUGGGCUGCUACUAAUUGCACCAAUUUACACGGUUUAGACAAUAUUGCAGCUGAGGGAAUUGAAGGUUUUGAAUCACUAAAAGAAAUUUCAAAACAGAUUUAUGAAAGAUCCAUUCUAUCAACUGAAGAACAUGAACAGAUACAAAAAAAUAUCACAUCAGCAAAACUUUAUUUCAAAACCGAUUAUAAACUUCAUCUGGAAAAAGACUGCCUGUGUGCUGACCAUUGUCUUCAAUGGCUUUUGAGUGACCCUGAAAACUGUCAUUUUCAAAGUCCCUGUGAGCACAUUCAUACAUUAGUGUGUGAUAGGUGUGAAAUGUUACAUGGCAUAGAGCAUGAUGUGUUCAAAGGUAUUGGUAAGAUGGGAGAUGAUGACUUCAAAGAGGAUACCACCAAAAACUUCCAGGAUGCAUUACAGAAAAUCAAUGACUGGAAAGCUCAUAUUGCUAGAAAUGUUAAUCAAGAUCUUUUUAGAAUUCAAAAGCUGGAUAAUUUAAAGCGAUUUGAAGGAGUUUGAGUGAUGGACUGGGCCAUGAAAUUUCUACCAAUGAGAUACAGAGAGAAACAAACAGAUUGGUUUGGCCAAAGGGGAAAACAUUGGCAUGUCAGUGUCUGCAUUUAUAGAGAUGAAAGUGGUGAAAUUGGGCAUAGGACAUUUACUCAUGUUCUUGAGAAUGUUAAAUACGAUUGGUUUGCAGUGGCAUCACUGUUGGAACACGUGCUGCAAACAGUUACAAUCCAACUACCUCAGGUGACAGAUAUGUUUCUUCGCUCUGAUAACGCAGGCUGCUACCAUUGCGGACAUUUAUGGAUUGCUUUUCCUCAAAUUAGCAAUAGAACAGGUAUUCAAAUAAAGCAAUAUUCAUAUUCAGAGGCUCAGGAUGGAAAGUCCUACUGUGACUCAAAAAUUGCUCAUAUGAGAACCAAGAUGAGAUCCUUUGUGGCAACUGAAAAUAACAUUUUAAAUGCAGAUGACAUGAAAACUGCAAUUGAUUAUGGAAAAGGUGUAGCUGGAUGUCAAGUGGCCCAUGUUAUUGUUGAAACGUCAAAACAUGUUCUCAAGACUCAUAAUUUAAAAAAUGUCACACAUUACAACGAUGUUCAGUACACAGAAUCUGGUGUUGUAUUCAGAAAAGCUUAUGGUAUUGGGGAUGGGUUGUCAAUGACUUAUAGUGAGUUAACCAAAUUAUCAGGCCAUUGUCAAAAUGAAACUGGAUGUACUCUUGUAACAGAUUUUGUUCUGCCAUCAAAGGUCAAAGGAAAGAUCAAGUUAACAAAAGCUGAAAGUAAUGCUGUAGAAAAUGAAAUGAGUACUGAGACCACAACAAUAAGACCAGUCAGUUCAUCUGCUUUACAGACAACACUCUCCUUUGAUUGCCCAGAACCAGCUUGUAUUAAGCAUUAUGCUUCCUACAGAACUCUAGAAAAUCAUGUUCUAUUAGGUACACAUGAUUUAAGAUUAGAAAGAGAAUCCGUAUAUGAUAUCAUUCGCAAGCAAUGGGCAGAACUCUGCAACAAUGUCAUUGUUACAAGGAAGAAAAAUGUUGCCAGCCAAUGUACAGAUAAUCAACAAGCUGUAGAAACCAUUCCUAUGGGUUGGGCAUUAAAAAGGGCCAGAAAGGUGAAUAGAUUUCCUACCAAGAUAAAAAACUUCCUUAUUAAGAAAUUCAAUGAAGGAGAGAAAGUAAAAACAAAUGCAGUCCAGAUGAUGUCGCAUCAGAAAUGAAAUCUAUGAGGGAUACUGAGGGCAGACGGGUUUUUCAGUUAAAUGAAUGCUUGAAUAGUACUCAAAUUACAUCUUUCUUCUCUCGAUUGGUAUCAGCUAAUGCAAGUAACAACAACAAAAUAGUACCUGAAGAUGAUGACUUGGUAGCUGCUGCUGUUGCAAUAAAUCAAUCUGAAUUAAUUGAAUCAGUUAACUCUGCAAAUCCAACAAAUGACUGUUAAAAUAUAGUGCAUAAACUUUAAAGCUUGUUAUUAAGGUUCCUUAGAUCAGUUUCCUUAGAAAGUAAUUGGAAAAUAAAGUCUUCAGGACUGUGCCCUCAUAUUAAAAUGAUAUUAUUUGUAUUCAUUUUUUUCUUGAGAAGCUGUACCACAUACCCUGGGUCCCUGUUGAUACAGCUCCUCAGAGAUUCUGCUUACUUUGAUAUCAAAUAUGCUUUAGAAUAAGAACGAUUUACGUCACAUGUUAUUUUAUUCAAUGUUUGAGAGGAGACAAAUGGUAGACAAAUUAAAAUGCUUUCUAUUAUGUUCUUAGUUAUCUAUGUAUAUUGAUGUUCACACAAUUUACAGUUCUGGUUUAUUUGUUCAAAUAAGCUAGAUAUGUCAUAAUGAACAUUGAUAGAUGAAAAGCUUUUUUUUUGUUUUUGCAGUCAACUUAUUUUAGACAUUAGAAGUUUGUUUAAAUCACAUUUGAUUAUAAGCCUUAAUGUCUAUCU